CUGAUAAGAAAUCUCAUUGAACAUUUUUCACAUUUCAAUCGCUUUGAACAUUAAAAAUAUCCAAUUUGGCAACUCGCAUUCGAUACAAUGCCAGCUGAUGCGUGUCAUAGCGACCAUUUAUCGAUCAAACGUUCCCCAUGAGAAAAACAUAAAAUUUAAAAAAUUUCCUCGUGACACACGGAAAAAAUGUCAAUUUUAUGCUUAGGUCCCAAAGGUUCGGGCAAAACGUUGCUCUUGAAUGCCCUGCAAGACCCAGAUUCCGUAAAUGACACAACGCACUCGAUUUCGACGAUUGGCACGAACAUCUUCACCAUCAAGCUGCCCGUGAAAGAGACGGAGGGCAAGAAAAAAACAAAUGCCAAGCAAUACGUUCAAAUUCGCGAACUGGGAGGCACAAUGGCACCCAUGUGGAAAAAUUACUACGAUGACGUCGAAAAGAUCAUGUAUGUCAUUGACACGUCGAAUUUGUGUCAAAUUUCCGCAGCUGGAGUUCUUUUGUACUCAAUUCUCUCCGAGCCGCGAUUGCAACACGUGAAAAUCAUCAUAAUUCUCACAAAAAUGGACUUUUCGUAUCGUCAAAUGCGAAAUGAGGCUCUUUUGAUGAUGCAAAUGCGUGAGUUGGAGAAACAAGUCUCCCAAAAAUUGACGAUUAUGCAAGCGAGUGCCAUCUCAAACGAAGGAAUUGACGAAAUUUUCGACUGGUUGGCGAAAUAAAUGGUUGAAAGCACUUACGUUCACUUGUUACUUCAUCUGUUACUUGACUAGACUUGACUUCGUUCUCAGCAUCAACGUGCUUCUGUGUUUCAAUUCUACGAAAAUGCAAGAAAAUUGUG